AUGGUGCUCUACUUCACAUCCACAGCGGUCGACCCGCCAGCGACCAUCUACAUGGGCAAGGACAAGUUCGAGAAUGAGGAACUCCUCAAGUACGGUCUGGAGCGGGACAUCUGGUUUCACGUCGACAAGCUCUCUUCCGCUCACGUGUAUCUUCGGCUGCCCGAGCACAUCGAGUCGUGGGAGUCGAUACCGGAGGCGUUGGUGAGCGAUUGCUCGCAGCUGGUCAAGGCGAAUUCGAUCGAGGGCAACAAAAAGUCGAAUCUUACGAUUAUCUACACGCCAUGGGCCAAUGUCAAGAAGAGCGGCGACAUGGCCGUCGGCGCAGUGACGUUUCACAACGAUCGCAAGGUCAAGCGUUUCCACGUCAAGGAAAAGGACAAUGCAGCGGUGAAUAGGUUGAACAAGACAAAGAAGGAGGUGCAGGUCGAUCACGAGGCUGAACGCCAGGACAGACUGCGCCAAGAGGGAAGGGUCAAGAAGGCCAAAGCGAUCGAAGACAAAAAGGCACAGCAGGCCGAGCAGAAGAAGAGAAAGGAAGAGGUCGAGGCCCGCGAUUACUCGAAGCUCUACACCGCUGAAGCCAUGGAAGAAGAACGCAAACGCAAAGAGGAACGCAAGCUCGCCAAAGCCAACGGCAACGGCAACGCGUCGGCGGACGAAGACGAUGACCACGACGAUGGCAUGGACAGCGACGACUCUUUCAUGUAG